AUGGCUAACUAUGGAACCAUCCAUAGGCUAUCCAAAACUUCUUCCUCCAUAGAUCAUGCUCAAGUGAAGGUAGAUGAUUUGAGUCGCAAGGCCCCAAAAGAACUUGUGCUUCUCCGGUACAUGGCCAUCCCCUCUAGCCCAGAAGCAGCAGCAGUUCGAAUCAUCAGAAACUUAGGCUACUUCUGGGUUUAUUACACUCUCAUCAUCUGGGUCAUACUCUUGGUGAGCCUAGUGCCAAGACGUCGACUGUCUUUGAUCUUCCUGGUGGUGAUGACAGUAGUGACAUGCUUCUACCUUCUCUUGUUGCGAGCAUUCCCCAGUUCAAUAAUCCUGCACAAUAAGUUCAUUGACAGGCGACUGGUUUUGGCCUUAAUAGCCAUCAUCACCGUGGUUGAGCUUAUCCUUACACGCGCUGCCAUUCACCUUCUUGUGUCUCUUGCCAUCGGAAUUCCCAUUAUUCUUGUUCAUGCAGUAUUACGGGUUGGUGAUGAUCUUUUUGUGAGUGAAGAGGCUUCUGCAGGAGGGGAGUUGGUUCCGCUGCUGUCCAGGACAGCUCCUCCUGAUCAUGACUGUGAUUUGCCAGCUUAG